AUGGCAGAUCCUGACAGCCCUUCAUCACCUCAGCCAUCAUCAUCGGCAUCGCGCAAUGUGAGCUCAUUCCAUUCGCUACCGCUCGGGACACGUCUAGUGCACCGGUCGACCAACCAACGCUGCACAGUCCGAUACGUUGGUGCGAUACCACCUACCUUGGGACAAUGGUGGGGCGUAGAAUGGGACGAUCCAUUGCGUGGGAAGCACAGCGGCACGUAUGUUAACCCAGCAUCAGGCGAAGCGAAGCAAUACUUCACGUGUCGCCUGGAAGGAGCAGGAAGCUUCGUCAGACCCGACGAGCCUGGCAAACCUCCAAAAUUUGCCAGAGGCGUCAGCUUUCUCAAAGCCUUGCGUGCCAAGUAUGCGCCUGAUCUUCGGCCUCCGCAAAUUCAAGAGCAGGACAAAGUGCAAUACACGCGCAAAAAUUUGGCCGAUAUCGAGAUCGAAACGCCCAAUAUGGAUGGCGUCAUCAGACGAGUGGGAAGACUAGACAAGCUCAGGGAGGUGGGUCUGGGAGGAUGGAAAGGUAGUACGUCUGGAGGGCAAGACAUCGAUAUGGAAGCUGCUCUCGAUAUAGGCUGCGCGUUUGACGAAUCAUCUGGCGAGAAGCCCGGUGACAUCGCUCGCAUUUGUCCCAGUGAGUAGCGCUGCAUUGCAGGAUCUACAGAGGCCUCAGGCUCUGCAUGUGUCAUCUGUCUAAUCCUUGGUAUCGCGCAUCCACCCAUUCCCAGACAUUAGAUCGCUCGACUUAUCGAGAUCGUUGCUACCAACGUGGAAAGACGUAGCAUUCAUCUGCAGAGAGUUGCGGCAGCUCAAUACCCUCAUAUUACAGUGAGCGACUUGCUAGUCGUAAUCACCUAUCUCGUGAAUCUCACUCUGCCAAUCGUUCUCGCACGAUUCCCAUCAUUGCAGCUUCAAUCGCUUUGAGCCUCAUCACUCGGAAGAUGCGCGUGUCUUGCAGGGUGCCUUCGACAAAGUGACUGAUCUUCGGUUGGAUGGCACACUGAUUGGAUGGUCAGAGGUGAGCCUUCGUGGCUUGCCUACGGGUGUGGCGAGGCUCGCUGAUACAGGCAGCCUUCCUUGUCAGAUCCUUUUCCUAUCCAAGCACUUCCCAUCCCUUGAGACUUUGCAGAUCGGUAGUAAUGCGUUGGAUCGCUUGUCGCCAUCUGGUGAUGUUCAAAGUCUGCUCGAUCCACCACACCAAGCUUUUCCGCAUCUCCGUCAGCUCAACCUGUCCAGCAACAACCUCGGCUGUUGGUCAGACAUCUAUCAGACGCUCAGGGAUUUGCCUGCGUUGCAACGCUUGUACCUGAGCGACAACCGCAUCGGCCGAAUCGCGGUACCGCCCGAUUUUGGUGCUGGCUUCCCAACUCUGCAGCACCUUACUCUAACCGACAAUCCAGUCAAUGAAUGGAGAGAUCUAGAAGCGCUUGAUGACUGCGUUAAGGGGGCGCCUCGACAUAAAGAUGCUGCUGCAGAAGCUGAGACCACCUUGCGCGGGCUACGCAGCUUGACUUUAGCAAUCAGAGCCGGUUCUGUUGAGUACGAGGCCUCAAGUGCAAACGAGCCGCGAGGCACACGCAAUGACAAGGAUACAGUCUCACCGCAAUCAUCCCUCGGGCGACUGACAGGUACGUCAUUGCGCUUGCGAUAUCUUCCCUUGGCCAGCAUCACGUCAAUAGCAUACGCGCUGCCCAAAUGCGCUGACUCUGUCGCAUCGUGGUCUGUUUCGUUAGAUCUCCAACCAGGUGAUAUCCGACCGAGCAUCAUCGCUCGGCUUCCGCGCCUAGAGAUGCUGAACGGGUCUCCAAUAUCUUCUAGCGAGCGCAAAGAUGCCGAGCGGUGGUACAUUGGGCAUGUCCAACGACAGCUUACCGAGGCGGACGACGAGCAGAGAACGCUAUACUGGAGACGGUACGCGCGGUUGGUGCAAGGUAAGUAUCCUUGUCGUGUCAAGUGCUCCGUAGAAUGGUCACAUGCUCAUUGCUCCAGGUCCUUCUUUCCUGCUGGUGCAGAGCAUGGAGCCCCUUCUUCGCUACCAGACGCCGCGAAGACCACCAGCACUCUAGGCAGCAAACUUUUGGGUGAGUGGUACCCGUCAACGUACCUCGAUGAAGCGUGCAGCGCCAGAGCCACAAGCACUGAUGCCUCACCUGCUUCAUCAUCCAGAGCUUCGCAUACAAGCGUCAUUAUCGGUGCCGAUCGCCCACUUUCCGCAUACAACACCAACGAGUAUUCCAGAUUCAACCAUGCGAGUGCUACGGAGCACACCGAUCAGGCAAUUGCGCAACAAGUUGGCCAAGCAGCUCAAGAUUUCUGGCGGCGCCACGGCUAUAGAGUCUGUCUGGGCAAUGCUCGCAGAGGCGGCGCAUCCAGAUGAAACUGCUGCUGAGGCGGGCAACGGAAGAGGAGGCGUGCAGGAGAGGAUCGUCUUUGAAUUGGAUGACGUCGCUAGGCAGCUCAGCUGGUAUCAGUUGUCGAGCGGAGACUCGAUCAUUGUGGUCAUCGACAGCCCUUGA